GGAAGAGAUAGUUUUCUUGUACUUGUCGUAAGAAUUUUAAAUACUUUGAAAAGCAUUCCAAUACUUGGUAAAACGAUUAUGAAUAUUGAAGAAUCAAUAGGUGGUAAAAUUGGUGGAAAUUUCUUUAAGGAAUAUUAUCAAAAUUUAGAUCAACUUUUAAUUGAAUUGGAACAAGCAUUAGGAGAAAUAAUUAUAUCUUUGACUGAAGAUCAUUUUCGUCAAAUUAAAGAUGUGAUUUCUCGUAUACUUUUAAUUGUUAAAGCAAGUAAUAAAGAAUUAGAUGCAUUAACUGAAUAUGUUUCAAAGAUGAAAAAUAGAAAAGAAUAUACAGAUAUUGUUUUUAAAGGAGCAAUAGC